UGCAAAGAAUACCUAUGCCUUUCAUAUUCAGGAGUAUUUGGGAGUACGGACCGGAACUGGCGUCAAGGAGAACUGGGCAAAUAAAUGGAAUGGACUAGCUGGACUCAAUUCAUUCGCAUGGUUUUGUUGUGUUUACAGAUAUCCGUGGCAUUGAACCGGAUCUACUUUGAUUCCCUCUUUUGCUGUUUCACGUUUGCUAUUAUGCAAUUUGCUUGUGUUCUUACCGUUUAUAUCCAGCCUGUCAGCGUCCUAUUAUUCAUGCCGGUGAAUAUAGUUUAGAGAAUUAGACCUAUAUUGGAACUCACAACCCGUGGCGCUAGGCUACCUCGGUGGUUGAAUUAACAAUGAAAAGAUCGAAUAUCCACUUAGCAUGCAACUGC